AUGAGUAACGUUACGGGAAAUUCCACGGAAAUAGAAGAACUUUCUUAUCCGCUGGUAGUUCAAAUUAUCCAGACCAUCCUGUUUGCAAUUGUGUGUAUAGUCGGUUUGGUAGGCAACACCCUUGUCAUAUACGUCGUAAUUAGAUUCUCCAAAAUGCAAACAGUAACCAACAUGUAUAUCGUUAAUUUAGCAAUAGCGGAUGAAUGUUUUCUAAUCGGCAUACCAUUUUUGAUAACGACAAUGCUGAAUCGCCAUUGGAUUUUCGGUCAUUUUGCUUGUAAAGCUUACAUGCUCUCAGCUGGCAUAAAUCAAUUCACCAGCUCUAUUUUACUAUGCGUGAUGAGCGCAGAUAGAUACAUAGCAGUUUGCCAUCCUAUAUCCUCUCCAAGAUGGCGCACGCCAUUCAUCUCUAAACUCGUUUCCCUAUUCGCCUGGACCUUCAGCAUCUUAUUAAUGAUUCCCAUAAUCAAAUACUCGAAGGAAGUGUACUACGGCGGUAAAACAUCGUGCGUCAUCGAAUGGAGCACAACUGAUAGUAAUUUUACUGUGUCCGCAAACGAAAGCAAUUUUUCCAUUUCGGCCAAUUCCACGGAGGAAUUCGACGCUGCUCCGGCUCAAAUUUAUACCUAUUACAUGUUCGUUUGCGGUUUCGCCAUUCCCUUGUGCUUGAUCGUCUACUUCUACUGGCUGGUCAUACUCAAAUUGCGGAACGUCGGCCCCAAAAACAAGUCCAAGGAGAAGAAGAGAUCUCAUCGGAAAGUCACCAAUUUGGUGCUGAUAGUAGUGACUGUUUACAUUAUUUGCUGGCUGCCGUAUUGGGUUACUCAAUUGACAAUUAGCGACAGCGACGAUACGCUUUCAAUCACUCUCCACGUGCUGGCGUCCUGCAUGAGCUAUUCGAAUUCGGCGGUGAAUCCGAUUCUGUACGCCUUUCUCAGCGACAAUUUCAAGAAGAGCUUCGUAAAAGCGUGCACUUGUGCCGCAAACAAAGAAGUCAAUGCUACUCUCCAAUUGGAAAACAGCGUCUUUCCCAAGAAGGCAAAGCACGUUUCCGAUAGAUUAAAGCAAAACAAAACCAGAGGAACUACUCUUUGCGUUAACAACGAAGAAGGAGAAUUCGGUCCAUUAGUAGUUAGCAAAGGAGACGCUUCGACGUCUGCUGUAACAACGGUAAAUAGUCGAAAUGCGACUUUUUGUUCCAAUAGGGAUAAAACCAAUUUAAGAAAUGGUGGAUCUAAUACGUCGCCACCGACUAUUCUCUAA